AUGACCGUAAUUGCAAGUGUGCUCGGUGUGGCCACGGCCUUUCUUCGCUUACCCGCUUGCUGCUCACGACCACACCACUGUCUGAACACCCUCAAGCAUAUUCUCGCGGCAAUGGCACCAAGAAAAAAGGCCAAGAAGAAUAGCAAGGCAUCAGAUGCCAAAGAGCAUUGCUUGAAGCACACGGGCAAGGAGAUAUUGUGGGGACUUUCGAAACGCUAUUGCGAUCCAUGCAGGGAGAAAACGUUGGCGGUGUUGAGCUUUCUGAAUGUUAGAGAUUUGCCUCGGUCGCUUACGGACUUGCGCUCGCGUGAUUGGUGGAAGCACUUGAAUCAUGACGACGAUUGGGGUCUGGAAGAAGACGUCGAUGAAUUUGACAAAAGCUGGAAAUCACUGGAGGGAAAGCCUGAUGCGCAGCUUGAAUUCAUCAACACACGCAAAUCGCAGGUGGCGGAAGUACAAAAACAUGCCAAACUAUGUCGUCAAUGGGAGAAGGAUAGAGUUGCUUCCAGAGCGAAGGAGCUGCAGCAGCUCAAAAUGGACCGAUUUCAGUCUGCGCUUGACAGAUUGCGUCAAUUAGGUUGGGGCGAAGAGCUCGAACGCAUUGCACCCACCUAUUGGCCGUUGGCACAAUAUGGCCCCUUGCGAGCAGCACAAAAGCUUACUGAUCGUAUUUGGCACAAUAUCGGCGGAGGCGUUGUCACAAUACUCGAAGACAUUCGAGAUGAGCGACGCCGCGUGCGACACACGGAAAUUCUGCGAAAGCGGCUGGACGCGCUGUGUACUGUGUUAUUAAACGUAUACGCCAAAUCCCCAAGGACAGUAGAGACAGAGCACAAGCCCCGCAUCUGCGACAUGAUCGAGAUGCCGGAGGUACGAGAAAUCAUUCAUUCAUCUAACGACUCCACACUAGGAUCUGAGAAUGAAGAGAAGUUGCGUGCACUAUUCCCGAACCUUGUGGAACGCUGGCAAGCGGAGGCCCGCGAAGAGCUAACAGAACUCGCGUCCCGCUGGGUCGAGUGUGUCGACGGUGCAGAUAUUCUGGCUUUGGCCGCUACACACUUUGUCUGUUCUGGAUGCCUCAAGUUACUGCCUUACCCGGAGAUCCUCGGCCACGAAUGUCUGCGCGCUAGUGCGUCGACUUAUGGUAGGCACCCUUACAACCAGUACUGUGUCUACACGAUCGCGGCGUGGAAGGUCGGCGUCAACAGCCGACCUUGGAACGGUCAAGAUGGUGAGAACUGUGUCAUCACCUUGCGAACUGCGGUGGAGGAAGAAUGGACGCGUUGGAUGUCGGGAUCCUACGACAAAACCCUUGAAUAUAAGGGACACGUGGCUACGGAGUCUGAGCUUGCCGUGGCAAAGAAGGACGGCCAAGAAAGACUCUGGACCAGGCACAAAUACCCUUGGUGCUGUUCUUUGUGUACACCUCGUGGUGAUGACUUGGCUCGAGGACGGAAAGCACUCCUCUACACAAUCCGGCUUCAUAUGAAAGAAAUCCAUUCAAUCCAUGACGCUUGUGAAGAGAACGGUGAUUUCUACGCCUACCCUGAGUUGGAUAUGCAACCAUUCUAG